AUGCAGAGCUUGCAAAUACCUGAGUUGUUUGGAGAAUGGCAGAGAGUUCAGGAAGGCGAGAGCAUAGAGUACGCACCUGUGGGCAUCCUAUUCCUGAUUGCUGGGAAAAUUCUGGAGAUGGAAGACAUGGGCAUCCUGGGAGGUCAGCUGGGCAUGUACACCCUGACUGUCAUCGUGGGCUUGUUCCUUUAUGCUGGUGGCAUCCUGCCCCUCAUCUACUUCCUCGUCACUCACCGGAACCCCUUCCCCUUCAUCGGGGGCAUGCUAUAGGCCCUUAUCACGGUCAUGGGCACAUCUUCCAGCUCCGCCACGCUGCCCAUGACCUUCCGCUGCCUGGAGGAGGGCCUGGGCAUGGACCACCGCAUCACCAGGUUUGUGCUGCCUGUGCAGGCCAUGGUCAACAUGGACGGCACUGCCCUUUACGAGGCCCUGGCUGCCAUCUUCAUUGCUCAAGUCAACAACUACGAGCUCAACCUGGGCCAGAUCACAACCAUCAGCAUCACGGCCACAGCGGCCAGCGUUGGGGCAGCUGGCAUCCCCCAGGCGGGUCUGGUCACCAUGGUCAUUGUGCUCACGUCGGUCGGCUUGCCCACGGAAGACAUCACACUCAUCAUAGCCGUGGACUGGUUCCUUGACCGGCUUCGCACAAUGACCAACGUGCUGGGGGACUCGAUCGGGGCGGCCGUCAUUGAGCAUUUGUCUCAGCGGGAGCUGGAGCUGCAGGAGGCUGAGCUCACCCUCCCCAGCCUGGGGAAGGUCACUCAUGGCACAAGAGAAGGGGGCGUCAAGGGGACGAGGAGGCAACGAGAGUGCCAUGUGAGGGGCUCCCAGCCCUGCCAGCCAGAAAGCAGGGAAGGGGACCAGGGAGGGGAGUCCUGGGGACAAUGUGAUGCCCAACUGACCGUGGGCUGA